AUGGCCUCGAAAACUAAAAAGUUAACUAAGCAGGAAGAAUUGUUGUUGCAGGAUUUUAGCAGAAAUGUCAGUACAAAGUCGUCUGCCCUUUUUUACGGGAAUGCUUUUAUUGUGUCUGCUAUCCCCAUUUGGUUGUUCUGGAGAAUUCACCAGAUAGAUAUGUACAUGUCAAUCAUUCUCUUCCUAAUCUUUACCAGUGUCAGUACCUACCUCGUCGCUCUGGCCUACAAGAAUGUCAAAUUUGUUCUUAAACACAAGAUUGCCAUAAAGAGAGGUGAGGCUGUCAACAGAGAGGUCAUGAGGCAGAUUGCUGACGACAAAAAAAUGUCAAAGCAGGAGAAGGAGGAAAGAGUUUUGUGGAAGAAGAACGAGGUUGCAGACUAUGAGGCGACAACAUUUUCCAUCUUCUACAACAAUGCCCUCUUCUUGGUCCUCGUCAUCGUCGCAUCAUUCUAUCUUCUUCGCUCUUUCUCUCCAUAUGUCAACUACAGUCUGUCAAUGGUUACAGCUAGUGGUCUCUUGGCUCUGUUCUCUACCAGUUCAAAAUGA